AUGGCAGUUGCUACACUCAAUGUUGGCUCAUUGGGCGGCGCCCUCGGUCUUCCCUUCUGGGACAGCUUUGCGGUGAUAUUGACGAUAAAUGUUGUCAGUAACCUGCUACCCGCUUGGACGGCGGCAUUUGGUCUGACUGGCCUACGGAUGACAACUUUUUCGUAUGGCCCCUAUACGCUUUGGUUAGAGCCGAUCGCUAACGCAUAUAGUCGCUACUCCUUCGGAUAUUGGGGCAACCUCUUAGUUGUAGUGUUUUCCAUGGUCGCAACAACAGGUUGGAACGCAAUAAACUCGAUCUCCGGCGCAGUUGUACUUAAUGCCCUUUCAGACGGCCGGUGUCCGACCUGGGCCGGAGUGAUAAUCAUCUGCACUGUGGUCUGGAUCAUCUGCGCUCUCGGAAUAAGUUGGAUUCAUCGCCUUGACGUUUUCGCGUGGAUUCCACCCUUCAUUGUUUGGUGCGUUGCUGCCGGAACGGGCGCCUCCCACCUCACAGGAGUCGACAUCAGCCAAACUCAGGGAGCUAAUAGGGCAGCUCCUGUCCUGACGUUCAUGGCCAGUAUUUUCUCCUUUGCCGUGUCCUGGAUCAACUGCGCGGCUGAUUACAAUGUCCGAAUGCCUGUUGACACUCCGCGUUGGAAGAUUUUCAGCGCGACGUAUGUUGGCAUCUUUGUGCCCACCGUCCUGGUCCAGACUUUAGGCGCAGCGCUGUAUUCUGGGACGAUCAACAACCCCGACUGGGCGCAGGCGUAUGGCGAAUUUGGCAUUGGCGGCUUGUUGAAGAUGGCCUUGGCUCCCGUAGGAGGAUUUGGCAAGUUCCUCAUGGUCCUUGCGGCCCUAAGUGCAAUUCCAAACAACAUUCCCAACAAUUAUUCGUUCGCCCUUCACGCACAAAACUUUGGACCAUGGGCAGUGCGUAUACCACGCAUCGUCCUUGUGACAUUUGGCUUCGUAGCCGCUAUUGUAAUUGGUUGCUGCGCGGCUGAGUACUUUGACGAUACGCUUUCAACCCUGCUCAGCGUUAUUGGCUAUUGGACCGUCAUCCACAUCACCUUGGUUGUCGAAGAGCAUGUUCUCUUCCGAGGCGGUUGGAAGGGUUACGACCUCGAUGCCUGGGAUAAUCCAUUAUACCUGCCGUUCGGGUGGGCUGCAAUCGCUGCUUUUGGGUUCGGCUUUGUGGGAGCGGCUUUAGGCAUGAAGGUAGCUUGGUAUGUCGGGCCCAUUGCUUCGCUAAUUGGGGAUUCCGGAGCAAACAUUGGCCACGAGUUGACAUUUGCGUUUUCGGCGAUCGCAUUUCCUGUGUUCCGUUUGAUAGAAAAACGAUAUACUGGUCGUUGA